AUGAGACGUUCGCCUCCAGCUCCAGGACUUAGACCUCAAUCCCUCCCUGCGCUUCCAAGACCUACUCGCCCUGCCCCUUCGUCCCGCCCGGUGACCUACCCUCCUCCACAGGAUUACCGCCCAGCACCACCAGUCCCCUACCUCAACCUGCCCCCCGCACCCCCCCUGGCACCCCUCCGACCCCGCGGCCCUCGCCCCCCAGCCCCCUACGUAGAGUCCAAGUCGCGGCCGCGGUCGCGGUCCCCCUCCUCCCCGCCAAACAAAUCAGAUCCCUCCCCCUCAAGCCCCCCGCCCCAAAUCGACCCCUCCAUCAACCCCAUCCUCCGCGCCCACCUCACCGCCCUCAGCCCCGAAACCCGCCGCGUCCUCCCCUCCAUCCUCACCCGCCUCGGCCGCACCUCCCACGCCCAAACAUGCGAACAAUUCGACUUCACCAACACCACCCGCCUCGACCCCUCCAUCCGCCCGGCCAAAAACCCACAAGUAACCGUCAAAGUAGUCAACAUGGACACCCUUGAAGCGGCCCUCUCUCUCCCCGAGCGGGACCCACCUCCCCUCCCCAAAGACGGACAGCCAGUCCGGUUCAGGCCAUUAAUCCUCAACUUUAGCGACGUAGACCGCCCCUCCGGGAACGAGAGGCGGGGUAGUAGACACGGGGAUUUCUCUCAGAGCGAGAGUCUGUGCUAUAGGACUUCUCUCGGGAUGAGUCUAGAACGGGGGCGGCACCCGGUGGGAAUGAACACCUCUGUGCUCUACAAUCCGUACGUUGAAGUUGUUCGUCGGGACACGUCCGGUCGCUUCCUCGAUCUGGACCACCCCGAGAAUUUGCCCGUCGUGGCGGCCAUCACGAUGGGGGCGCAGUACCGCCCCGAGACAAAAACCUACAUGGUGCCUGCUGGGCUGGGGAGGACGAGGCCGAAGCAGGCUUUUCAUCGGUAUACUGACAGAGAAAGGCUCAAGAUGAGGAUGAGGUUGACGCUGAGGGUGGCGGGGAUGCACAGGCAUACUAGGUUGGUUCUUGGGGCGGUGGGGUGCGGGAGGAGGUACAAGAACCCGGCCGAGGAUGUGGCGUUGUGCUGGUUGGAGGUGUUGAGGGAGGAUGAGUUUGCGGUGGAUUGGUGGACCGAUGUGGUGUUUGCCGUGUGGGACCCGCCUGGGGCGGGACUGGAUUCGGUGUCCAAGUUUAAUCAUGAGAUUUUUAAACGGGUGCUGGAUGGGAAGCACGUGGGGGAGUAUUAUUGGAGGUUGCAUGAGUAG